AUGCACGCUUCCACCGUUUUUACGUUAAGUGAUUAUCGCCCUUAUUGCCGCGGCGUAGAGGCGAUCGGCGUAAAAGCGUCUACGACAGCUAAUGCUGAGCCCACCCCACCUCCCUACUUAAGGGUCGCAAGGCUCUCUCUUGACUGGCGCUGUGCUAUACUUCUCACAUGGCUGGCUGGCUACAAAGUCACCCACGUGUCGCUUCCAACCUCCAACAGGGUAAAUGCACGUGGGUAUCUGGUAACGAGAGACCGCGCGGGAUUCAGGCCGCUGAAUAUCGGUAUUAAUUGCGUAGCCCGAGGCGUGUACUCGGUAUAUAGGCUCGAAUUUCCGGGCACAUACCUAGCGUAUACGUGGGCAGCGUCUCGCGUGCCACCCCCACCCCAUCUUCCCCGUGGGGGGAAGGCCCCCCGUCUAAUUGACGCCGCGCCGGACGCGACCGGCGCCCGCGGGGUUGUGCUCGCCUUCCGGACUGCUCCGAUUUACAACAGCGCCCGAUAA